UCAAGCUCAGCUAGCAGAUCUCAACUUCGCUGCAUUUCCCAAUCUUGAAGAAUUGGAUCUUGAAGAAAUGGGAUUGAUAGUUUGCAUGAGCUAAUGGCAAUCUCCAACUUCAUGUGGACUCCUGUAAUAUUACUAUUAUGCCAUGCCAUUCGUUUCCCCCUCAGUAUUGCUACCGCCAUGAUAGACGAGGAGAAGCAUGCUUUGCUUCAGAGCAACUGGUUCAAUGGCUCCAAUUUUAAUUCAGACGACCCUUGUGGAUGGAAUUGCAUAACUUGCAAUGAUGUUGGAAGCGUUGUUUCGAUACAGCUGCCAUAUGAACCCAUUUCAAUCCAGCCUCGAGCUCAGCUAGCAGAUCUCAACUUCACUGCAUUUCUCAAUCUUGAAGGUUUGGGUGUUCAAAUGGGAUUGAUAGGUAUUAUUCCAAUUCAAAUUGGAGCUCUUCAUAAUCUCACCUAUCUGGACUUGUCGUAUAACAAGCUCACUGGUAUUAUUCCAAUUCAAAUUGGAGCUCUUCAUAAUCUCAUCUAUCUGGACUUGUCGUAUAACAAGCUCACUGGUAUUAUUCCAAUUCAAAUUGGAGCUCUUCAUAAUCUCACCUAUCUGGACUUGUCGUAUAACAAGCUCACUGGUAUUAUUCCAAUUCAAAUUGGAGCUCUUCAUAAUCUCACCUAUCUGGACUUGUCGUAUAACAAGCUCACUGGUAUGAUUUCAACUCAAAUUGGAGCUCUUCAUAAUCUCACCCAUUUGGACUUGUCACAUAACAAGCUUACUGGGAUCAUUCCAUCCCAAAUAGGAGCUCUUCGAGAUCUCACUAAUUUAGACUUGUCUUUUAACAAUCUUACUGGGAUCAUUCCAUCCCAAAUAGGAGCUCUUCGAGAUCUCACUAAUUUAGACUUGUCUUUUAACAAUCUUACUGGGAUUAUUCCAUCCCAAAUAGGAGUUCUUCGAGAUCUCACUAAUUUAGACUUGUCUUUUAAUAAUCUUACUGGUAUCAUUCCAUCUCAAAUUGAAGGCCUUCAAUAUCUCCAAGAUCUAAAUUUGUCACAUAACAAUAUUAUUUCAAAAGAGAAGGACAUACUGCUGGAGAGCAAAUGGUGGAAUAUCAACGAUAGUGGGUCUAACUAUCAUUGUGACUGGCAUGGCAUAUCUUGCAAUCUCUUUGAAAAUGUGAUUUCAAUUGACCAGCCAAGAAUCCAUUCAAAGCAACCUCAGCUAGCAGAUCUCAACUUCACUAUAUUAGAAAAACUAGAAUAUUUAAAUCUUUCUAGAAUGGGGAUAACAGGUAUUAUUCCAACUCAGAUAGGAGCUCUUCAAAAUCUCAUUUCUCUGGAUUUAUCUUGCAAUAACCUGAGAGGUUAUAUCCCUUCUUCAAUUUUCAAUUUGAGAGAUUUACAACACUUUAUUGUUUCUCAAAAUCAAUUAAGUGGUAGCAUACCAGAAAAAUUAGCAAAUUUCAAUAAUCGGUCUUAUAUAGACGUCUCCCAAAAUAAUCUGAGUGGAAACAUACCAUACUUAAAUGAUCAUUUUCAUUUUAAUGGUAACUUUAGUCACAACAAAUUCAAUGGAAUACUAUCAUCUAGUAUAUGCAGUGCUCCACCAUUGUGUAGCAUUGAUUUGAGCUACAAUAGUAUCUCUGGUAGCAUACCUACAGAACUUUGUAGGCUACAGUACAUCAACUUGUCAUACAAUCUUCUUAGCGGCUAUGUUCCAAGUGAAAUCUAUAGCUGUUUUCAUUAUGAUUGUUUCAAGGGCAAUAAAGAAUUACUUGGUCUAGAGAAGAUACAUAAAGGCUCAAAGUCUUUGUUGAAAAUCAUUAUUCCUUUGACAAGUUUUCUUGUCAUCACAUUUGUUCUGGGUUUCAUCUUAUUCGAAUCAUUCAGAAAGAACAAGAAAUCCAUAAGGGGUACAAGAGAAGCAAAAAAUGGGGAUUUGUUUUCCAUAUGGAAUUAUGAUGGGAAAAUUGCGUAUGAAGACGUCAUUGAAGCAACAGAGGACUUUGAUAUCAAAUAUUGCAUUGGAACAGGUGCCUAUGGAAGUGUUUAUAGAGCACAACUUCCAAGUGGAAAAAUCGUGGCAUUGAAAAAACUUCAUAGAAGAGAAUAUGGAAACACAUCUUUUGCCAAGAGUUUUCACAACGAAGUGAAGAUGUUGAGUGAAAUUCGACAUCGCAAUAUCGUAAAGCUUCAUGGUUUUUGCUUGCAUAGUCAAUGCAUGUUUCUCAUCUAUGAAUACAUGGAAAGAGGAAGCCUUUUUUAUGUGUUGAAUAAUGAUAAUGAAGCAAAAGAGUUGAAUUGGAGUAAGAGAGUGAACGCCAUUAAAGGAAUAAGAAAUGCUUUGUUGUAUAUGCAUCAUGACUGUGCUCCUCCAAUUAUCCACCGAGACAUAACAAGCAAUAAUAUAUUGUUGAACUCAAACAUGGAGGCUUUUCUAUCGGACUUUGGUACAGCUAGAAUCAUUGAUCCAAAUACAUCUAAUCAAACUCUUUUGGUUGGUACUUAUGGUUAUGUUGCCCCAGAGCUUGCAUACACCUUAGUUGUUACUGAAAAAUGCGAUGUUUAUAGUUUCGGGGUGGUGAUAUUAGAAACAAUUAUGGGAAGACAUCCUGGAGAUUUGAUAUUAUCUUUGUCAAAGACUUGUACAGGAAGCAUUUUGCUAAAGGAUAUUUUAGACUCACGUCUCCCUUUGCCAUCAUGGAAAGAUGCGAAAGACGUGACUUUUUUGGUCGCAAUAGCAUUAUCAUGCUUGAACCCGUCUCCCAAUUCUCGACCAUCAAUACAAAAAGUGUCUCAAAGGCUUUUAUCUUCCAACCUUCCAUUAGCCUUUCCUUUCAACAAUAUCUCAAUCCAAGAUUUAGUGAAUGAAGAUAUGCCAAUAAUACAGUAACAAAUUGGGAGAUUUGGCUCAUUGUUUACUUUGUACCUCAGACGAAACCUUUAAAUACUUGCUUCAAAGUCUAGAUUUGAAGUUUGCCAUAUGUUUAA